AUGUCAGUCAACCAAGAAAGAAAGAGUCAAGGAGUUCCUGAAGAUGCUCUGGCUAACCAAGACACAUCUUCAUUAACUGAUGCUGUAGAGCAAGUUGCAAAGCAACAGCAAUCACAAACAUCAGAAAUAGAAAAAAACAAAAAAGUUCUGUUUCAUUUACAGAAUGAACUUCAUGAGUUAGAAAAACAAAUAGCAACUGUUUCUGCAGAAACUAAAGAAACAGAAAGGCUAAUUUAUCAGCAAGAUGUUGCCAUAGAGAAUAGCAAACUUCACUGUGAAAACCUAGAAACACAAAUCAAAUCCUUACAUACAGAAAAUGUAAAGCUUAAAUUUGAUAUAGAAGCAGCCCAAGAAGAUUUUGAGGAACACAUGAUAAAAUAUAAUGAAUACUACGCAAAAAUUAAAGUGCAUAAAGAUACCUUGGAGGAGGAAGAAAGCAAAUGGUCAUUUAUAAUUGAACUACAUGAAAAACAAGAUCUUGUUAAAAAACUGAAGAUAAUGAAAGAGGAACUUAGGCAAGAUCUUCAGAAUCCAGAAGGAAACCGGAUGAAACAAAUACAGGAAGACAUUACAAAGCUUAAGGAUAAAAUCACAACUACAAAAGAAUCUAUCAUUGAAAAAACUUGUUUUCUUGAGGAAGAAAAUAAGACACAUGAAAAAUUAAGAAAAGAAAUAGAGGUACAAAAUAAGAGAUAUGGUGCAAUUCUUAAGCGUUUGCAUUGUCAGCUGAACAAGCUUCAGUCAAAUAGAAACCAAUGGCAGUGGAACAUUCAACAACUAGAAAAAACUGCAGCUGAACUAAGAAAAUGCAUUGCAAUGAAAGAUUAA